AUGAGCGAGUCGUACCCGACCUUGACGCAGACGGCGCUGGUGGCUGCUGCUUUCAAGAUCCUCUUAUUCCCAGCCUACAAGUCCACCGACUUUGAAGUUCACCGCAAUUGGCUCGCCAUCACCGAGAGCCUCCCCUUGGACAAGUGGUACUUUGAAAAGACGUCGGAGUGGACCCUCGACUACCCGCCCUUCUUUGCCUACUUCGAAUAUGUCCUCGCCCACGUCGCCCGUCUCGUCGACCCCCUCAUGGUCAAGGUCUACAACCUCGACUACGACAGCUGGCAGACGGUUUACUUCCAGCGGACCACCGUGAUCAUCACCGAGCUCGUUCUCGUGUGGGCUCUCCAGUCGUUUAUCGAUUCCACGCCUCUCAAGUCGCGACGCGCCGCGCAGGUCGCCGCUCUGUCCAUUGUCCUCUCGCCGGGCCUACUCAUCAUCGACCACAUUCACUUCCAGUACAAUGGCUUCAUGUACGGCAUCUUGGUGAUGUCGCUGGUGCUAGCGCGCUGCAAGGGCACUCUUCUGUAUAGUGGACUCGUGUUCGCCGCGCUGCUCUGCUUCAAGCACAUCUACCUGUACCUGGCCCUGGCCUACUUUGUCUUUCUCCUGCGGGCGUAUUGCCUGUCGUCCAAGUCCAUCUUCCGGAUCCGUUUCCUUAACUGUAUCAAGCUCGGUCUGGGUAUCGGGACCAUCUUUGGAGCUGCCUUUGGCCCAUUUGCGGCCCUAGGUCAGAUUCCUCAGCUCUUGAGCCGACUAUUUCCCUUUUCGCGGGGUCUCUGCCAUGCUUACUGGGCGCCCAAUGUCUGGGCCCUCUACUCCUUUGCGGAUCGCGUUUUGAUCCAUGUUGCCCCGCGACUUGGCUGGGCAGUCAACCAGGGCGCGUUGCAGAGCGUCACUCGCGGCCUUGUCGGAGACACUUCGUUCGCUGUUCUGCCCGAGAUCAGUCCCAGAACGUGCUUCAUCCUCACACUCAUCUUCCAGGGCCUGCCGCUUCUCAAGCUCUUCUCGCAGCCUACUUGGGAGAAUUUCAUUGGUGCCGUCACCCUGUGCGGCUAUGCCUCUUUUCUCUUCGGCUGGCACGUUCAUGAGAAGGCCAUCCUCCUAGUCAUCAUCCCCUUCAGCCUCAUCGCCUUACGUGAUAGACGACACCUAGGUGCAUUCCGGCCCCUCGCCGUUGCAGGCCAUGUGUCACUCUUCCCGCUCCUCUUCACACCCGCCGAGUUCCCUGUCAAGACCAUCUACACCAUCAUGUGGCUGGUGGUGUUCCUCAUGGCAUUUGACCGUCUCGCCCCGGCGUCCAACAAGCCAAGAAUCUUCCUCCUGGACCGAUUCAGCACUCUAUACAUUGCAGUGAGCAUCCCGCUCAUCCUGUACUGCUCGCUUCUGCACCAAAUCAUAUUUGGAAAGAGUUACGAGUUUCUGCCAUUGAUGUUUACCAGCUCAUACUCCGCAAUUGGAGUUGUCGGCAGCUGGGUGGGCUAUAUGGUGGUGUAUUUUACCGCAUGA